CUAGCUGUUUUGGCUAUAGUGAUCGGAAUCAACGGAAUCCACGAAAAAUGUAAUUAUUGUGCUAUGAGUUGUUGCCUUGUUCAUGCGGAGGCGGGUACUAUAGUUGAUGCGGUCCGUUCUAGGCCGCAGCUGUGAUCCGCACGAAGGACGCAAUUGCGGUAAGGGCUCAAGAAGAUGCCUAGUGGACAGCCGGAAGCUACAACAUUUUCUGCCAGGAAAAGUCUCAGUGCUAGUACAAGAGCGGUCAUGGAGGUUCUAUGGCCAGGUUGCUGGCUUUUCUGACUUCUCGUAACGCAUUUCAAACAGGUCGAUUCUUGGCCUACACUACAUCAACAUGAUCAAGCAGGAAACGACCAUCCCAACUCCUUCUACGCAAGGGACUCACGGUCAUCAAGCGCAGUCCAUGAACAACUGUUAAAACUCAAUCACGCACGACACUAUGUGUUUCGCCUCCGGACUACUUACCUUUUCUCAAUCUUCUGACCAAAACACCAACAAUCAAAGCCGAAAGGAGGUAACCUACUACGUCGUACUAGCGGGACUACGACUGUGAUACGGUCUCACGGAUUAGUACGUCUACCUACAACGACCACUAGCAGGACUUCAACUUGUACCUAAUCCAUCAAGAAAGCCAUGAUGCAGGUGGCAUCACGAGAGCGCAUCUGCGAGGCUGGCUCUGCUGAGGGUUGGAUAUUCCCUCUGUUCGAAGCAGAGAAGGACCUACCAAAAUUAAGGGUUAUCACAUUACAUUCAUCACUACACACUGACUACUAUCUUUGACUUGAUGUUCUCCAGUAGGAAUUGGGUCCUCAGGGAUGAUCUGUGACGAUGAAUGCAAAAAUCUAACAAAUGGAGUUUUAGCAGCGAUCUACAUUACAUUCCUAGCAUACCUCUUCCUGGGCAUCGCGGUCGGUUCUGACGUGUUCAUGACGUCAAUAGAGGCGUUGACGAGUAUGAAACGCGCGGUUGUUGUUGGCGGGAAGACGGUAAUGCUAACGUAGGAGAUGUCAAUCACUUCACACUUCACAGGGAAUGUAAGUCACGUACGGUAAUGUAGUUAAGCUUCACGUCCACCUUUCGCGUCAACCUUUUGGAGGAUGCAACGAACAUCAUUUUGGAGGAUGCAAUGAAGUACUCCGUAUAAUUGUGUUUCUGUCGAUAUACUCGAAAACUGAAGAUAAGCGAGUAGCUAAACUUGCUUAUUUCAGUUUAUCCAACAACUCACCGUAUCUGAAUACUACAAAGAGCUGACAGUGAAGACAAACUUAAAGAACUACUCACUCAUUCCUCUGAUCGACGUGAACUACUCACUCCAACAUCAACGAACAGGUUCACGUCGAUCUUUGGAAUGAGACUGUAGCAACGUUGACGCUGAUGGCGCUGGGCUCGUCGGCUCCAGAGAUACUCCUAGCAACAGUGGAACUGGUCCAACGCGAUUUCUACGCUGGAGAGAUGGGUGUUGUUAAGGCCUGAAGUAUAUGAUGACUAUGAUUUCACUCGUCUUGGUGGCAAAUUAUGCCACCUAUUAAGCCGUUGAUGGCUUUGUGCGCCCUGAUAAGUUUUGGAAACUUUCACAUGCACAUUAUGAGUUAGUAACUUUUUUUUCUCUACUGAUCUCCAGGUACAGCUAGUACAGCUAGCUCAUCCUCAUGUUCAUCAGUUCCUAUUCUUAUUAUUCCAUACUUUGUAUUUUUUGACUGAUCAAGGAAGUAAAAGGACGUGCAACGAAAAUAAGAAUUGAAAUUAUACCUUUUACUAUAUUAAUUUGUCAAGCUCCUCUCUCACAAUCUCCCUGUCCAGCCCUAUCUACCUUCCCUCCCUUCUCCACCUCUCUCUCUCUCUCUCUCUCACCUCUCUCUGUCUCUUUUUCUAACUUACGCACCAUAGUGGGUUCAGCAGCCUUCAACCUGUUUCUGAUCAUUGCGGUGUGCAUUUGCACGAUUCCAGAUGGAGAGUCGCGCGUGAUUCGGGAGUUUGGGGUCUUUAAAGUAUGCACACUCUUCAUGCUCUGUGCUUACCUUUGGAUAUUGGUGUGCUUGGAAGUGUGUUAUGGCCGUGGCCGUUACUUAAUCCUGAACACUUGUUUAAUCCUGAACACCAGUUUGGUUGUAGGAAAAAGCUGUGCAUGGUGUGGCGUGCUGUACAACUUUUUAGGUGGGGAAGAUAUAAGAUUAAGUGCAAAGAAUCUGCGACCUGCGGGAGCCCUGCAGCAGUCUUCACCUCUGUCUGUCAGCACUCGACAUUCCACAUUUCUACAUCUACUCCCGGUUGGGAUCCCCUCUUCAUACGAAGACGCCUGGGCAAAUUACUGCAAUCGAGGGAGUAAUUACCUUAUUUAGGGGUUACCGAAUUGCAUCCUUCACUACCAUUUUUGGCUUAGUUUCCCAUAGGAAAGAAGUCGAGGAUGAUCUGAAGAAUGUAAUUGCGCAACCCCUAACUUGUUGUUUUUUCCUCUUCUCGUUCUUGUUGCGUAUCGGACGUCUCUGCUAGACCAGGACGCUGAGGAAAAAGCGGAUGCAGGUACUUAAUCUAAUCUAGUAAUAUGAUCUUUUUCUUUCUCCAUCAUGAUCAAACGAGGAUUCUCCUGCUCGUCCACCGUGAUGUCCUCCUCGCGCUUUACUUAGUAAGUCAAUGUAAGUAACCAAAUUAGUUACUAAGUCAAGUAAGUGUAAGAGUACGAGUAGUUGUAAGUAAUAAUGUUGAUCUUCAUUUAAUCACGCACAACCUUCACGACCUUGUUCUCAACUACAACACCAGAAAACACGGACCCAGCAUCGGUCGUUCCAACUCGGUCCGAGCAGGAUCGGCGCCAACUAUUAAAGCGUGUAAACGCAUUUGCGGCUGACGACGAUGCGCAAAUACUGCAGAAAGUCGUGGACUGGCACCUGAGGAAUCCCCAUGUCUCGGAAACGAAUCUUCUGCGUCUAAUGGAGCAGGAAGCCUUGAAAGUGACAGCUCAGCAUGUGUGCCCCAAAGACCACCAAGGUGGCGGCACAGCAGGCCGAGUGCAUGCCAGACGUUUAGCAAAACGAUCUGCCGCUCUCACCUAUUGCGUUCCCUCAUGUUGUCGCAGAUACCGGAAAAUCACGGAGCAGAAGGCGGGCCGCAAGAUCACAGCAAAUGCGCACUUUGAUGACACCUUCCUAGCUGAUGUGGCCGCGACACGAACCUCGCAUAAGUCUUCAUCGGCAGGUGGAAAUGGACAUGGUGGAGCUGCAGAAUCAACUGCAGCAGGAGCCUCCAAUAUAGGAGGAAGUGGCAGCACCACUACCACAGCUGGAGUCACAACUAGUACAACAAAUCAAAACCAUCAGCAACAAGAACAGGAAGAGCACCAGUGUCAGAGUCCGGCCUCUGCGGGGAGCGCAAAAGGGAGUCCACGUGGUGGGUCGACGAUGCACCUGAAUAGCAAUCGUGUUAAGGCUAUUGAUAUUGUAUCAAUCGACUUGAAGUUGAACAAAUUGAAUGAUGUUACAGCAAAACUAAAACUCUUUGUUCCUGUUCUUCAGCAAUUCAAAAUAACACCUCCUGGGGUUUGGUGCUUAACAAGAAUGCGCUCAUGUUGAUGUACCUACGAGUCAAGUACCACUCACUACACUGUUGUACGACGAUAUUCUAGGACUACACCAGAUCUAAUUCAUGAGAUCCGCAGCUAGCUCAAGCUUCAGCACCUCAGGGUGGAGGAAGGAGCUCUAUUGCAGGUGGCCUCACAGCCAUGAUGAGUAUGAAGACUGUGGGAGCAAGGAAAUCACACCAAACGCAGAGUGUGUCUACAACGAAGAUAAGCUUCAUGACAGGAAGCUACACAGUAGUCGAGAACAUGAUAUGAAUGAAGAUGUUUUUUCUCCCAUAAAUAUUUAACAGGAGACCAUGAAGAUCGAAGCUGGUCGUCCCCCUUUUGUUCAUCCCCUUAAAACUGUACUAUUUAGGUUUUUAAGGGGGGCCUCGAUGGUCUGCCUCUAGAGGGGAGAUGAAAAAGCAUCAUCCAUACAUAGAGAAGGUAGUUCUCAACUUGCAUAGGAUUGUUAAGGCUACCUCUGUUAAAAAUGAUCCAUCUUGGGAAAUUAAUACCCUGCAGCUGUCUCUCUCGCAAGGAGAAAGACGAAGAGGCAUCAAAAGAAGUAUCAGGAUACAACAGGAACAGCUCGAGAUGGAUAUUAACAGGUUGACCUCAGAGCAUUUUAGAUUCUAAGAUGGGGCCUUUGUCUCAUCGCGUGCAAAUGGACUACAGGACUAGGGAUGGGACAGCGAUAUCAGAUAAAAACGCCCCUCCAGGCACACAUCCAGACUAUAAACAUGUUGAGGCGACACUGGUGUUCGAACCGGGACAGGUACUCCUACUGGGUUAUUUACUUUCACACGAUUAUGCUGUUUCCUCAUCAAAAUGAGACUACCGAAUACCAGAACAAUACACCUUCACGCAGGAGCUCGCACUUGCUGCCUCACUCACUGACUCACUCACUGACUCACCCACUGGCUCACUCACUGACUCACUCACUGACUCACUCACUGGCUCACUCACUGGCUCACUCACUGACUCACUCACUGACUCACUCACUGAUUCACUCACUGACUCACUCACUGACUCACUCACUGACUCACUCACUGACUCACUCACUGACUCACUCACUGACUCACUCACUGACUCACUCACUGACUCACUCACUGACUCACUCACUGACUCACUCGCUGACUCACUCACUGACUCACUCACUGACUCACUCACUGACUCAUUCACUGACUCACUCACUGACUCACUCACUGACUCACUCACUGACUCACUCACUGACUCACUCACUUACCCACUCAGUGACUCACUCACUCACUCACUCACUCACCCACUCACUCACUGACUCACUUACUCAAUCACCUCCGGAUCCUUUCCCACCACCCAGCAAAAAAAAUAUCCUUACAUCAGUCGGAAGCACUGAUAGCGAUACCGAUUUAUGACGACGAUGCAGCGGAAGAAGAUGAGACGUUUUUGGUCGAGCUUGUUUUGGGGACAGGGCAGAACGAUACGGAUCCGGAUGGAGUGGUCGUAGCUGGGAAGAUUCCCAUGGCAGAGGUCUUGAUCAUCGAUGACGACGGACCCGGAACCCUCCAAGUUGCAGAGCAUGAGAUUCAUCAAACGACUUAUCUCUUAUGAUGAAUAUUACUAUUUAAUUGAAGAUAAUAAUAGUAUUUAUAAUAGGAGAGGUGCUUUUAGUAAGUAGCUGCUUAUAUAUAAUAGGAGAGGGAAUAUGAAUAAGAGAGGAUGGAAAUGGAAGAAGAAGAAGAAGAGUACUUGAGUAGUUGUUCAAGUACUAGAGUGAUCAGAAAAAGAAGAGUAGGACUUAAGUAGAAGUAGGUGUUCAAGAAGUAGAGUGAUUCGUCUGAAUGAAAGAACUGUCGAGACAAUUUUCAUCUCAAUUUCCUGGGAUGAAGUAAUACUUCAAAAAGUUGACGAAGUUUCCUCUACUUGCACCGCUUCCUCUACUUCCGCCUCUUCCUCUACUUGCGCCGCUUCCUCUACUUCCGCCUCUUCCUCUACUUUGACCCCUCUAAUCUCCCAUCCAACCGAGGUAACUGUCAUCCUAGAGCGUCGCUGUGGCAUCACUGGCCGGCUAAGGUGUAGGUGGAGAACGGUAGGCGCAAGUGCAGUAGAAGGCAGAGACUUUGAGGCGGUGCGCGAUGGCGUUGUCACAAUGGAACAUGGACAAUGUUUAUGACGAGAAAGAUUAUAAAUGAAAUCAUGACAACUAGGGAUUCAUAGGCAGAGAUCUCAACGAGUCCCUAGUUGUGGAUGCAAACGAUCGAGAUUAUGUAAGUAAAUUAAUACUACUUAUACAUAGUAGUACUUAUCCAUUCUACUUAUAGUACUUUUCCAGAAUAGGUAAGUAAGUAGAUUAAAACUACGUCUUCUACCUAGUGUUCCUACUCAGAGUAUAGGUAAAGUCAUUACAACGAACAUCAUGACCAACAUAAAGAUGAGCAGUCCCGUGCCCUCUGGUGUCUGGUAAAGCUACGUCAACCAAAUUCAAAUAAGAAAUUGAUACUUUAUAGACGUACUGUUUUGUCCUGCCUAUAGGCUUGUAGUACUAUAUGUGACAUGGUGAUGAUGAUACAUGUUCCAUCCUCAUCCUCUAAAACUCUCCGCAAAAGUGAGUGUGCCGAUUUUAGCACAGAGACAUACAUGCGACACGCCGUUGAGUUUCUAUGUGGUUUUCUUGGACCCGGAAGGCUUUGACUACUUCCUGGUCCGCAACAUGUCAACCUCGUCCCUGUCUUAAGGUCAGCUUUUCUCGUGUCCAUCUUUCUCGGCAUCUCGGUACCCUUUUUUCCCUUGUAUUCUCAUGAAAAGAAACACAAGGUAAAAGAGGCCAAGAUGAGGGGGCCGAGAUGCAAUCUAGCAGCCUCUAACUGCCUCUUUCGUCUCUGGGACUGGAUCAAGACAAGGGAGCAAGGCUGGAUGAUCGGAGGACCCCUGGGCAAGCAAAGAGGACAGCACCACCUUUAGGCAGUAGUGUCGGGAAUGGCAAUGGAAAGCUUGUGGAAGGACAAGAAGAAGUAGCUGUAGCAGGAGGUGUAGGCGUGACGUCAUCUCUUGGCGGUGGUCAUCUUGGAGCAAGACAACAAGAAGAGGACGACAAGAAUGAGAAUCAUGAUGAGACGAUGAAUACUGCAACGACCAAAACAAAUUAUACUGGUCGUGAUGAAGGAGAAGGACCAGCAUCCUCUUCAACUUCAUCGAGACCACAACCUUCUACCGAAUCAAAUAAUCCAGCAAGACAGACGCUCCUUACAGCUUCAUUCGGAGACCAGCGAGAUUUGAACUCUCUGAUGGAGGUGAGGGUAGUGCUACAACCAGAAAAAGGAGUAACGGCAUAUAUCGAAGGCGUUUACGAAUCCUUGCGGGAAAUCAAUGCGAGGAUAAAUGUACCAACUGUAGUUCUUGAUGUUGUCUGCUGGGCAAGAACUUUGAAGAUACUUACUCAGGAGAAGCAGCUAGAUUUCUUAUCUUUCUCAGUACAAAUCUUAAAAACUCGUAGUCUAAGUAAAACUACGUACAGUAUGAGUAUGAGAGAUAUCUGCCUAAGUAUUUUCGUCCAGCAUCAAAACAUCUACACCUCUCUCACACCAGGCUCACGCCUCCGGUUAUCGAGAAGCUUUAGUGACAGCCUGUUUUCCUGGUGACGUAGAGGGGUGGGGAUUGCAUCUGUUGAUGAUGCCUUGGAAGGUGUAUUUUGCAAUUUUUGUUCCGCCUCCAUCACUCGGACAUGGUGCGGCAACUUUUGUGAUGUCACUCGCAUUGAUGGGCUUUGUGGUGGCUUGCGUAAAUGAUGUUUAUGGUGUUGAUGCUGAAUGUUUCUUGAUGUUGAUGUAGAUGAUGAAAAUAGACAGAUGACAGGGGAUUGAGAUUGUAGAUUGUGCUCAUUUUAGUUUUUCACUGCAAGCCUUCCGAUGACUUGUUAGGCUAUAGUUAUGACAGUGACAGAGCCGGGCUGUACUAAUUAUUACAGCACGGAGGUGGAUGCGGCUUUGUUUCUAGUGACGCAGCAAUGACCUCCAAAGAGCACCCUGGGCAACUAAAACAACAUAAUCUAGUAGUACAGUUGCACGCACACCAUAUCUAAUAGAAUCUUCUUCUUCUAACCCAUAGCCUUAAUGAUCGGGUGUGCCUUAGAAAUAUCCGAUAUGCUUACCGCAUUGACUCUGGUCGCAGCCGGGACUUCAUUGCCAGACACUUUUGCAAGUAAGAUCGCAGCUGAACAGUCAGAAUUUGUUAAGGCUGAGACUUCAUUGGUCACUGAGAGUGGUUACCGAAGACAUCAAAGGGAAAGCAGCUGCGAAACGUACUGCGCCCCUAUUGGUGGCCAGAAAACUAAUAGAGGAGGAGCACUAAGCUCCGCCUGCCGCCGGUUUGCGAACUGGAUAGAGCUGAGGCCGCUCUUUCAGUAGCCCCAGGAUACAAAAAAAAGAAAACUUUUCCUGAAAUCUCCAAAUCCAAAUCCAAAGUGGGAGCUGUGUAAGGAGUCUUGUCCCUUUCGAAUCAGUGACCAAUGACUGCCGACCGUUCUAAAUUUGCAGACGAAAGUAUCACGAACGUAACGGGUAGCAAUAGCGUCAACGUCUUCCUGGGGUUGGGGCUACCUUGGGUCCUGGCGUCGAUCUACUGGGCGUUGGAGUUAGGGGUGUUUCUGAGUUGGAGAAUCGUAGUUAGAUAGUUUGCAUAUUGGGUGUUCGAGUAUGGGUGGAUCUAAGAUUAAUAGGGACAGAUUUGUUGGGCUUUUUUAGACUCUUUCUCGUGAAAGGUAAAGAAUCUCCAACAUGAACAUCUUCUGAGGCAUGAAAAUAGUAAGUAAUACUUCUUCCCUCCAUUCUUGUUCUUCAACUUCUAACCCCUGGCCCUACUGCUAUGUGGCGUGGGCGAUGCCAGCACAUGGGGAGUAGCGACUUGACGAAUUUCUGUCUCACCACAGACACAGCCACGUUCAUCGUCCCCGUCCAGAACGUAAGCGCUGCGACGAUGUCCUUCCUGUCUGCGGCGUUGGUCGCUGUGGCUCUGCUGAUUUACUUAUGGUGCGACUUCGAUUUCUACGUACAAUGUAAUGAUUUAUUCUCUUGUUGAUGUUGAAACUAGGUUGACAUGAUUACGUAGGAGCAAGUCAUCAUUUACACUUUCUCGACAUUCCUAAUCCUUCGGAGGACCUAUUGCGGUGGCGAACUGGGGGGAGACCGAAAUACGAAGAGAAUUCACGCCUGCCUCCUCUGUCUACUCUGGCUCACAGUGGUUGUAGUUGUCUCACUCCUGUGAUCAGCAUGCGCUUGAGCAGCAUACGAUAAACGAAACAGAAGUACGUAGUUGCCUUAGUUAAGUACCUUACUGACGACUUUCAGUUCGAGUCAGAAUCAGAUAGGUGCUAGUAACGAAAAUGUGUUGGAGAAAAAAAUUAGCCUGUUGCAAAUGUGUAGAAGUAGUUCGAUUGAGAUUCUUCAAUAGUGUAUUCGUAUUCGAGGCAUGAGUUUGUGUUGUAUUCGAGGCACCAUGAGAAUUUGAAUUAUAGUGGCAUCGUUCUUGAACAGUAAAAGACUUGAAGUAAGGCUAACAGAUGCAAUUGCAAAGUAGGUUCCAACAUAAGACGAAACACAUAUGCACCUCAGUUUCUGUCAUUUAUAGCGGCGUGUCAGUAGCAUUUUUUGUCCCCAAGUGAUGACGUCAGUGACGUUUAGUCUACGGUUGACUUUUUUAUCAGUUUCCUAGAUAGAUUUAGGUGGUUGCCAGAUCGUCAUCAGCGAGUGUUAGGUUCUAGUUUAUUUGCAGCGUUGCAUGUUGCGGUAUAUUUCUUGACUGAUUUAUUUGAGAAAGGUUGUAACAGUAACCUUACUCGUUUCGCUUUCCUUCUUUUAACAGUUGUUUCCAGAAGAUGGCAUAGAACAAGUUCGCCACGAUUUUUACCUACAAGUAGCAGGUGUACGAUUCAGAUCAUGCUUCAGACGAUCAUGCGACCAAGCAAUGUCCCCAAGUUGU